AAUAGAGGUCCUUCAUGUGCGGCGCAUGUUUUGUUUCCCCUCCUCGUAAAGCUGGCUGACAACUGUCAAACACCGGUGUCUCACUGAAAUGUCUGUUUCAGCUAGGCAUUACAUGGGUUUGUGGCCUUCUUGCGUCCAUACAUUGAUUGCAUGAUCCAGGGAUGUCUCGUCCUGCUCCGACCCCAAUCUACACCCUGAGGGGGGCUGGUGGGUCCCUCAACACCCUCCACUUUAGCUGCCAUGGAGGGGACACUCCCCUCCUGUUUUCUGGGUCAGAGAAGGGUGCGAUCCAUAUCUGGAACCUGAACACCAGGAGGGCUCAGAAGAUCAUAGAAGGUCAUUCUGGUAGCUCGAUCCUCUGGGUCAACACACUGCAGGCGACCGAUACCCUGAUCAGUCAGGGACGGGACAUGCGGGUCUGUCUCUGGGAUCUGAGUGAAGGUCGUAGUGAGGUGGUGGACUCUGUGUGGACAGACAGCGUGGGAUUCUGUCAGUGCUCCUUGCUGGAGACGGGCCCUGGGACGUUUCUGCUGGCCUUUGCUGGACAACAGACAGAAGAGAUCAAGAUUAUUGAGCUACCCAGUAAGACCCCAGUCUGCACGCUGGUACCAGACGCAAAGCUGGGGAUGGUCAUGUGUAUCCAACUGUGGCAGCCAGACUCGGGUCCCGGACCUCUCCUGGUGGCUGGAUACGAGGACGGUUCCCUGUUGCUCUGGGAUGUAACCCAGAGGUCCCAGCUGAGCCAAGCCAAAGCCCACCCUGAGCCUGUAAUGUGUCUGACCUUUGACACCAAGCGUCUGAGGGGCAUAUCAGGCUCUUCUGAGAAGAAACUCUCCUCCUGGGUGCUGGACAGACAGAACAACCUGCAGCUCCAGGACUGUGUGAUGCUGGUCAACCCUGGGGUUUCCCAGCUGUGCAUCAGGGGGGACAGUAAGCUUCUGGCGUCAGCGGGCUGGGACCAUCGGGUGCGGGUUUUUGGGUGGAAGAAGCUGCGACCACUGGCGGUGCUUCAGUACCACACUGACAUGGUGCUGAGCGUGGCCUUCUCUGACCACCAAGACCCUAGACAAAGACUGUUGGCUGCUGGAUCCAAGGACCAGCGGGUCAGCUUGUGGUCAAUAUACAACGAGGGAGCUGACACCGGCUGAGCCUCUGAGCUUUGGAAGGACUUUUAAUAUUACUGCUAAUAUUAACCUCAUCUGGACUGAUGUUGGUGCAACCAAACUGGUGUCAGUGGCCAACAAUUCAGAAAUAGUCUACAGCAAUGGUUUUAUAUUUGAACAUCUGGACUGUGUAUAUUAUGUUUAGCUUUACUAGUGUCUUGAUAUUUAGGUCCUGCAGUGAUCUCACCACCUAGUGCCAAAUGAUAUUGACGGGUGGAUGAAUUAGCAAUGGCUAAUUCAAAGUUGUCAUGAAUCAAAUUCAUCUGGUUUCCACCUUCUGACCACAGGGCUCACCUCAGCUCUGAGCCCUGAGGACAGACGGAGAGUAUAAAAAUAGGGGAAAUAUAUUUGUGUGACACUUGCCUUUGCUAAAAUAGUAGCGUCCACAUGGAACCUGAUCUUGAAUAUAGUGACAUCUGGAUCUAAAAACCUGGUGUAUACAUGCUAAGGAAAAAAAUAAUAAUAAUAAAAAAAAAAAAAUAUAUA